UCUUCUCCUUGCUUUUGCGAGUAAGUUGUGGACUUGAACUUAAAGCAACUGCUUUAAACCUGACAACAAACUGAGUGAACAAGGGACGUUAUACCCAUGGGAACAUCGGAGCUGAAAAUGGAGGAGGAAGUAAACAAAUGAUGGCGGACAUGACUGGGUCCAUGAUCCCCUCUGUUUCCGAUCCUUCUGUUGCCAACUCUACCAGUGGCCCUUCGGGGCCAGAUCCCACUGUCCCUGCCGGUGCUGGCGUCGUCACAAGCUCCCAGUCCCAAAUCAAGGACCUUUUUGGGUUGUUCUGCAUGGUGACGCUUAACCUCAUCGCCCUGCUGGCCAACGCUGGUGUGAUGGUGGCCAUAGCCCGCGCUCCUCACCUGAAGAAGUUUGCCUUUGUGUGUCACCUGUGUGCAGUAGAUCUGCUGUGCGCCCUCCUCCUGAUGCCUUUGGGCAUCAUAUCUAGCUCGCCGUUCUUCGGCACGGUGGUGUUCACUGUUCUGGAGUGCCAGGUGUACAUCUUUCUCAACGUUUUCCUCAUCUGCCUUUCCAUCCUCACCGUCACUGCCAUCAGCUUGGAGCGUUACUUCUACAUUGUGCACCCAAUGCGUUACGAAGUCAAGAUGACCAUCAACCUUGCUAUUGCUGUGAUGGUCCUAAUCUGGGUUAAAUCGCUCCUCCUAGCUUUGGUCACGCAGUUGGGAUGGCCAGCUUAUGGACCUCAGAGCUCCAUCGCAGCAGCUCACUGCUCCCUUCACGCAACCCACAGCCGCCUGAGAAGAGUAUUUGGUGUGCUCUUCAGUGUGAUUUGUUUCUUAGCUCCUGUGGUGGUCAUCUUCAGUGUUUACUGCGCCGUGUAUAAGGUCGCUCGUUCCGCAGCCCUGCAGCAGGUGCCAGCUGUGCCAACGUGGGUGAAUACGUGCCCUGCAAAGGACCGCUCCGACUCCAUCAACAGCCAAACGACCAUGAUCGCCACCACCCGCACGCUGCCUCAAAGACUGUCUCCAGAGAGGGCCUUCAGUGGGGGGAAAGCUGCAAUAACAUUGGUGUUCAUCGUGGGCCAGUUCUUGGUCUGUUGGUUGCCGUACUUCAUCUUCCAUGUUCAAAUGUCUCUGACCGGCUCCAUGCAGAGCCCGGGGGACUUAGAGGAAGCGGUAACCUGGCUGGCCUACUCUUCCUUCGCAGUUAACCCGUUCUUCUACGGCCUCCUAAACAGACAAAUCAGAGACGAGCUGGUGAAGUUUCGACGUUGCUGCCUGAACCAGCCCACGGAGGUUGGAGCCUCCAGCCAAGAAGCGUCAUUUCAGGAGAACUUCCUUCAGUUCAUUCAGAGAACCGCCAGCACACUGGAGAGACGCUCCAGCUGUUCUAACCCCAGUCCCACAAACACAUUAAACCAGGCGAAUGUUAUCCCAGGACAAAUACCAGACGGGCAUGCAUAGAUUUUAACAAACUACGGAACACAGUGCAGAAAUGAAACACAAAAACGUUUAAGUAUAGGCCACUUGUGUUGUUUCCUGGAACACAAAUUAAUAGGCUGCUUAUUUAUUGUAUUACUUUAUUUUGUUGAUUUUUCUUAGAUUUGUGCUCUUAACGAAUUUAAUAAUUGUCCUUGUUAAAAAAAAUAAGCUAAAAGUGGCUGCAUACUAACACCAAAAUAUUUGCAGUUUCAGUCAGAAGUUUACAUGCGCUCAUCAUGGUCUUAGAUGACAAACUUAAAUUAACUUGUUUCCUGAUUUAUUAGGACUGUUCAUCUUGCAGGGUAGAAUUAUUAUACAAACAUACAACUUCAAUAAUUUUUGAAAAACAACUUCUGGGUGCACAAGUUUUAUUUUGAAUUCAAGGUUAUACAUCAGGUCCAAGCAUUUGCACGCACCCCCAUGGCAAUGGCCUUGUGUUGCUAUCAACAAGCUUCUUGUAAUUCUGACUAAAUGUCAUUGUUUUCUGCAGAAUUGGAAAAGCUUGUUUAAACUAGAUGGUUUCUUUGCACAGAUUUGCACAAUCUAUACAUUUUCAACAAAUAUGAGGUCAGGGCCAUUCUAACCUGCUUUAUCCGCUCCAAAAUCAGUUUUGAUGGGUCUUUGGGAUCUUAGUCUUAUUGGAACGACUGUAACAAAGUUUCUACCAGCUUGUUAUCCCACUCACUUUUUGAGAAGGACCAGUACCACUGGCACUGAAACAAACCCACACCAGGAUGCUAAAACACCAAACUUCAAAGCUGAUACGGGUGAUUUCAGGUUUGAAACCCUCACCUUGAGUUCUUCAAACAUACUUUUAGCCAUUGUGGGCAAAUAGGGAUAGUUAAGCGUCUUAUGAAUCUAAUAUCUUUUUUCUGAUAUAACAUUUGACCUGUCCAUGUGGACAGCUGCAAACGUCAGUGGUUCUGGUAGGUGUAAAUUUGGAGUUUUUUUUUAUUUGCUUUGGCAUUAUUGGUCAAUGGUAAUAUAAAACUGGUUUUACAGUGGACAUCGUCACUGGUGCGCCAGGACCCUCCACCUGAUGAUGGUUAGAGCCUUGGUGUCUUCUGGGUUGCUCUUAAAUCUCCUAAGGAACCUUUCCUUUCAGUGAAAGGUGACACUUUGGGUCAGAUUAUUGAAAUUGAAUGUUGCUAGGAAAUGUGCUAGAACCUUGUUGAUGGUAACAAAAAGGCUAUGGCUUUGUGGCAGCUUGCUAAGGAACAUUUAACCAAAUAUUAUGUGUACACAGUUGUGUGUGUAUGUCUAAUUUUGACCCUUUGCAGAGUAGAAGAGAAUCCACUAUAAAUUUAAACCUGAUCACCCAAUUCUGGUUUUGCAAAAAUCACAGAACAUUUACAUUGUUUAGUCAUUAAAUAUUGUAAAAAAAAACAUGUUUAAAGCAUUAAAGCACUAACUUGUUAUAGCAUAAUGACCAAGAUGAGUGUGUGCAAACUUCUAACGUGAACUAUACACUGUGAUACAUUUUCCUCGCUUUAUAUCUGGCAUACUUAUCAAAACUGCUCUUGCUUUGGCAA